AAAUUUUACAAGUUUCUAUAAAAAGUAUUACAUAGAUUGAAGAAUACUGAGAAUACGCUAUAAGUACUAGAUCAGAGUCAACUAAACGUAGAAGAUAAAGUUGAACAAAUGGGUCUUCUAGAAGAA